GCGGGUCGGAACGAAAACAAAAAAAAUUGUUUAAAAUUAAAUUAUUUUGUAAUACAAUUAGAUAUAUACAUAAAUAGAAUUUUUUAUUUUUGUGCGCGCCGGGAAGUUAUGAGGAAAUGUGCGCCGACUUUGAUGGGUGCUCCUGCUGCUGCUGCUGUUACACCACCAUCGACCAAAUUCGCGUCAACACGUCACCGUUGCACAAGCCAAUUAAUACCUAAUUUAUACAUUCCAUAAACACCGAAGAACACUAACAAAAACCAUCAGAACUUACGUAUAUGUACGUAUAAUGGGCAUACAGGAUGGACUGAAUGGCAUCUUCACGCAACGGCGACGCAACCUGAUCCUCCAGCUGACCAUGAUCACCUCGAUUGUGGCGGCAAUGGCACCAGCGGCAGCAGGAGCAGGAACGGAUUCGGAACUCCAGCAGGCGGGCUCCCAUCCCCCGCCGGCCCUCACACACUGUGUGGAGCGGGACGAACGCCGGAUCGGACGGCGAUUACUCUACAUAACAACACUGGAUGGACGACUGAGCGCUUUGGAUAUAGCCAAGUCGGGGAAGCUGCGCUGGAGUGUGCCCACUGGACCAGGACCACUGAUCUCCUCGAGCAUCCACCGCCUGGAACUCACGAACAAUGGGCAAUUCGUUCGCAUGAUUCCCUCGCUCAGUGGUGGGAUAUACAAAUUCGAUGGCGACUCCAUAGAUCCCAUACCCAUUACAGCGGAACAUUUGCUUAGUUCCAGUGCCAAGUUUAGCGACGAUCUGGUCAUAUCGGGUGGCAAGGAGACCCGCACAUAUGGCGUCUCUGCCCGUACCGGUCAGCUGCUCUACGAAUGCUCCAUCAAUGGCUGUGCGAAUGUCACGGCCGAGGGUCGCACCAUUAACGACACUAUCGAGGACCUCAAGGAAGAGCCAUUGCCAGACGAUGCGGGUGAUGAUGAUGAUGACCAGAUUAGAGAUGAGGCUGGCUAUAUUGUGGCGCAUGAUCCGCUGCUGGAUGAUGUCAUCGUGGUGCGCCGCCAAACGCAGACUGUGCGAGCCGUCGAAUCUCGCACGGGCAUGGAACGCUGGAACUUUAGUGUCGGACAGCACGAGCUGGACAUGGUGCGGGCCUCAGAGUGUCACAUGCAGCCACGCGAUGAGCUGGAGCUGGCCGUGCUGGAUGUGGAUAUCAAAGUGGUGGUGCCAGAGGGGAUCAUUUGCGCUUUCAGCAAGAGCAACCCCCACGACAUGCUCUGGAAGUAUAAGUUUGAUCAUCCCAUUGUGAGUGCCUGGAACACCAAUGCCGACGACGAGCUAAAGGCCAUUGAUUUGUUCAGCUCGGCCCAGUGGCUGUGGGACCAGGAUGAGGAGGAGCUACCCAACAGCAGACCAUCAAGCGCGCCCUCCAUCUAUCUGGGGAUGUACGACAAGCAACUGUAUAUACAAGAGUCGAUACGGUUACGCCAGGAGAUAAUGGACCAGACGCAGGUCUAUCAGCAGCUGACAGGCGAUACCAGUCUGAUGCCCAAGAUACCCUGGAAACCCAUAGCAGCCAGUAGCCAUUCCCUGGUGAUCUUCCAAGCCAAUCAGAUAGAUCCCGAGGUGAUUGGGGAGGAGCCGCCGACCCAAGGAAGCGAGCUGGUGCCAUAUGAUGAUCAGAAUUUCGCAGUGGCCGCCCAGUCCGUGCUGAAUGCAUCGGAGUUUGUCAAUGGCAACGGAUAUUACUUCUUUACGGGAUCUAACGAGCUGGAGUCGGAGUCAGAGUGUGGCACGAACGAGACAUCCACUGGACUGCCCGCCAUUGAGGCGCCACCUUCGUCUUCGGGCAGCAACACAACUGGGGGAGCAGACGCCACCGGCAAUCAUAGCAGCAAUGAUGGUCUUGGCUUUAGCCUGGACGAUAUCGAUGCUCCAGUGAAGGUUGUGAUCCUGUCGCUGUGGUUCUGGUGGAAGGAGAUUGUGGUGAUUGCUUUCACCUCUGCGGUUAUCCUAAACAUCUUCAUGGGACAGCGGAAUCAGCGUGUGGAACGCGAGUAUUUGGUGAUUGAACGGCAUGUGCCGGUUCAGACAGCAAUCGAGGCGACUGAGGCAUCCACUCGGGCGCUACUCGGACCCGUUGUGCCAAUGUCACAUCAACAUCAUCAUCAGCAGCAGCGUACUGGCAAUCGCUUUAGCUUUCCGGGCAGUGGAAAUACUCAGCGUUCGCUAUCCGAGUCCACCACGCACUCGGGUGAGCAUUACACCUCACGUUUCCAGACCGAUUUUGAUCUGAUGACAUGCCUGGGUCGCGGCGGCUUCGGUGUGGUCUUCGAGGCCAAGAAUAAGCUGGAUGAGAAUCACUAUGCCGUCAAGCGGAUCACGCUGCCAAAUAAGGAGUCUUCUCGGCAGAGGGUUUUGCGUGAGGCCCGCACUCUGGCCAGCUGUGAGCACCACAAUAUUGUACGCUACUUUCAUUCCUGGACGGAGACACCGCCAACUGGUUGGCAGGAGGAGGAAGACCGCAAGCUGUUGGCCCACGAGCUGUCAACUUCCAUACAAAUCGAAACGCCCGACGAGAGCACACUCCCCUCAAUGGCCGAUCAGUUGCAGGAGAAGCGGCAUCAGCAGCUCUUGUCCUGGGUCUCGGAUGCGGCCAAUAGCACAGCCUGCAGCCAUGACUUUCACGGCAAUGGCGAUACAGGCGGACUCAGAAACAUCAAGGAGGAGUAUGACGAUGAUGACGAUGAGGAAGAGGACUCGUUGAUUGAGUUUCGCAGUGAGUCGCAGUCGGCAGCUUUGCGAGCAGGCGAUCAGGAGCAGGAGGAUGACUAUGAAGAGGAUGAUGAGAGUAGGAGAGAAGGACCACUGCAUGGCAGCUCCGUCUCCAUUGACAUCCACUCUGCGUCGUUCGAUUUGAAGAACAUUAACUACUCGCAGCAUCCGCUGGUGUCGAACUCUUUUCAAAUCGAAUCCGUGCGCUCCAAGGGCAAUGGCAGUGACGAUGCUGGGGAUUCGGAUAGGCUCCGCAAGAAACCACUCACCCUGGCCCUGGCCCAGAAUCACAAUUACAAUCAUCAGCCAAAUGGCAGCCAUGGCACACCUCCGAGUGCCACCAUGCAAAAUGGAGUGGUGUCCAAGCCCAGCAAGGUUUACCUCUACAUCCAGAUGCAGCUCUGCCGCAAAGAGAGCCUGCGCGACUGGCUGCGGGAGAAUCGAACCGAGGCUCGGGCUUCACACAUUGCCGACAUCUUCCAUCAGAUUGUGGAUGCCGUGGACUAUGUACACCUGAAGGGUCUCAUUCAUCGUGAUCUGAAGCCAAGCAAUAUAUUCUUCUCGCAGGAUGGAAAAAUUAAAAUUGGAGACUUUGGCCUGGUCACCGACAUGGCGGACAUACCUAAUCUGGUGGCCAAGUGUGGCGAUCAGAGUGGCCUGCCCUCCUGUGCCCGGCACACGCAGCAGGUGGGCACCCACCUGUACAUGUCGCCGGAGCAGCUCCUGGGUCGGCACUACGACUACAGAGUGGAUAUCUAUUCGCUGGGUCUGAUCUUCUUUGAGCUUCACGUGUACUUCUGCACCGAAAUGGAGCGCAUCAAGACGCUCCGUGGCCUGCGAGAGGGCCAGUACCCGAAGGACUUUGCCAACAAUUACCCCGGUCAGUAUGAGCUGCUCCAGCAGAUGCUGUCCGCCAAUCCCGAUCAGCGGCCACAGACGAAGCAGCUGAAGCAUCAGCUGCAUGAUAUUCUGAGACUGCCCGACCACCUGGCAGACGGACGCAGCGAGCAGGCGGCUCUAGUUGAGGCAGCCCGUCGCCUGAGUCGCAGCCGCACCUUCAGCAGCUCCAGCGAUCCUCAACAGCAUCAGUGAUAGACGACGGCCCGAGGCAGACACCAAUUUAAGUCAUCUGUUAACAUUUCGUAUGUAAGUUAUGUAUUCACCAAAAGUGUCCCAUCGCCGUUUCUGUUUUAACCAUCCUCUCACCUGGCUAUGCCUCAUCCGCUGACCUCGGAAACUACCACAAAGUCGGAGGAUCAUUUAUUUGGUAGCAUUCUACUUAAUAGGUUUUGUAUUACGUUCACCUUUUAAAACUCUUGCGUGUCGCAAAGUGCUUUUGUUUAUAAGACUUAUGAUAAAUAUACACAUUGAUGUACUCCCAAAAAAAAGUCGCUAGAAUAAGUUUAUGAUUUACAAUUUACGAUUUACGAUUGAGUUGUGUGCCCCGCCCCAAAUUGUUUGUCCAAGUUUGUUUCUACCGAAGUAGCCCCUUCCUGAUUUGUGCUAUCAGCUAAUGCGAAAGUUUGUUUUUAGAUCUAGGUGAUAAGGAGAAAUAAAACUGUUUAAAAAUACAAACAAUGGAAAUGUUUUCUAAUUGCCGACUGCGAUAAUGUUGAAUCAUAAUUGAUUUUAUUAAUGACAUGACAAUGUCAGGCGAUUGUCUGGGGGAAUACAGGUCCGCUGUGGUAUUUCCAAGGGUUUCGGUUGAUUUUUUGUUUAAAUUAGCUUUAGGCAGUCUUUUUGAAUUUGGAU